ACUGUGCACACAGUUACCCACAGACAUGGCGUUCGUUCCAGCUCCUGGUUUUCAGCCCCUCUACAAUCCGCCAAUCCCAUUCCGAAGCCCAAUCUAUGGGGGUCUCCGUCCUGGGAUGUCUGUGUAUAUUCAGGGAGAGGUUCCCCAUCACGUCACCAGGUUCGCCGUGAACUUCUCCUGUGGCCCGUAUGACGGCGCAGACAUCGCCCUCCACUUUAACCCACGAUUUGAUGGGAAGGACAAAGUGGUCUUCAACAGCUUUCAGGACGGCUCCUGGGGGCCGGAGGAGAAGAAGAGGGACAGUUUCCCGUUCCAUAAAGGCAGACACUUCGAACUGGUCUUCUUCAUCAAUCCCGGGGGCUACCAGGUAAACGUGAACGGUUCUCCGUUUUAUGAAUACUGCCAUCGGGUUCCCUUCGAACGCGUGGAGUGCGUGCACGUGGACGGAGACGUCAACAUCCAAUCCUUGAGCGUCGUCGGAGGUGGUGGAAACCUGGGAGGGGGGGCCAUGACUUUUCCUGCCUACCCACAGGAUGGGGGGGUAAUGCCGUUACCCAGCUACCCAUCUGGCAACCUACCCGUUAUGGGGCUCCCCACAUACAAUCCGCCCGUGCCGUAUUUUGGGAUGAUGCCGGGAGGUUUGUCUUCCAAAAGGACCGUGGUGGUCAGAGGCUUCAUACCAGAGGGAGCUCAGAGUUUCCAUAUUAAUUUCAAAGUGACAUCAUCCGAUGACAUCGCGCUGCAUUUUAACCCUCGCCUGUAUGAGAGCACCGUGGUGAGGAACAGCUGCCUGGGAGGAGAAUGGGGGUCCGAAGAAAGAGAGCUGGUCUUUAACCCCUUCGUGCCUGGCCAGUAUUUUGAUAUCUCCAUCCGCUGCGGUAACUUCCGCUAUAAGAUUUUCACGAACGGCCAGCAGCUCUGCGAGUUCGCCCACCGCUUCCAGGCGUUCCCGAUGAUCGACGGGCUGGAGAUCGGAGGAGACGUCAUUCUGUCCUUCGUCCAGGUCUGAGAGCGGCCGGCCCGCCGAUUACCUCAAAUAAACCUGUGUGAGUUAUUA